GUCAGCGCAAUUGUUGUUGCACCAAAAGCCAAUGGCAAAAUUAGAUUAAGCCUCGAUCCCAGACCACUCAAUAAAGCGCUGAAACGAUGCCACCAUCCAAUACCGACAAUUGACGACAUACUUCCAGAACUGCCCAAUGCAAAAGUCUUUACCAAAGUCGACUGUAGCAACGGUUAUUGGCAAAUAGAAUUAGUCGAAGAAUCGUCUCUUUUAACGACGUUCAACACUCCAUUUGGACGAUUUAAAUGGCAACGGGUGCCUUUCGGGAUCUCCCCUGCAGGAGAGAUUUUCCAGCAACGACUUGACCAGGCAAUUGAUGACUUGGAUGGUGUACGGAUUGUUGCUGGUGACAUUUUAGUAAUAGGAAAUGGAGAGACGAUCACAGGAAGCUGUAGCCGACCAUGA